CUCUGCCGGAGGUGAUGGGUGCGGGACGCAGAGGCAGGGGCAGUGCAGCUGCAACGCACAGGGGGUAAAAAAAGUGGAAUUAUGCGCCGGUAGAAGUAGUGGAAAAGUGGAACUACAGCCAAGGGACGAAUGUCAGCAGAUUGUCCAGCAUCAGUGUCUCCUAAAUAAGUGUCUGUAAAGUUCAGCGUCCGAGUUCAGAAGUGAUGCGCUUGCGGUGAUAAAGGAUGCGACAGUGCGCUUCGCAGCCUGGUUGGACGUUCCUGACAGCUCUGCCGGAUUCAGACACAAACCACCAGUCGCUGAGAGUUUCGAGAGAGUUUUAUUCCUGGAGCUGAUCGCGGGGUGAUGAGAGCGCCUCUUCAGCCCCUGGGAGAUACUUCACGAACUUAGGCAGCACUCGGAUUUGGCGCAUUAACUGCGGGCUUUUAACUGCGUGCGUCCGAGUUCAUUUACGGCUGCGAGGUUAUAACACGACACGGUGCCGCGUUGCACGAAUCGAAAGGCUGCCCUUUCUUUUUUUGGAGUACUGGCUCAGACCUACAUAACCUGGAUUGCGGUCGAAUCCGUGGGUUUCUGCCGUAUUUUACUAGAAUAACACAGUCAUUCGCACACGCUGUUUACAGCCGUGAACUCGGAAACUAAUGCUUUUCAGCGGAAAGAUUAUGAAGGCUCGGAUACUUGCUCAGAGCUGGUGAAUACCGUGGAUUACCCCAAAAAAGCAUUAAAAACGCGCGGGCCGGUUUGGAGAGACGAUGGCACGAGCCUUCGGAGUUUUGCUGUUGUUUCUGCACACCUGCGCAGGGUCCCGCCUGCGGCAAGAGGACUCCCCGCCCCGCAUCAUGGAGCACCCCUCCGACCUGAUCGUGUCUAAGGGCGAGCCCGCCACCCUCAACUGCAAGGCGGAGGGCCGGCCCACGCCCACCGUGGAGUGGUACAAGGAUGGCGAGCGGGUGGAGACGGACCGGGACGACUCUCGCUCGCACCGCAUGCUGCUGCCCAGUGGCUCCCUCUUCUUCCUCCGUAUCGUCCACGGCCGGCGGAGCAAGCCCGACGAGGGCUCGUACGUCUGCGUGGCCCGAAAUUACCUCGGGGAAGCCGUCAGCCACAACGCCUCGCUGGAAGUGGCCAUCCUGCGCGACGACUUCAGGCAGAAUCCCAGCGACGUGAUAGUGGCAGCAGGAGAACCAGCGGUGAUGGAGUGCCAGCCGCCCCGCGGGCAUCCCGAGCCCACCAUCUCCUGGAAGAAAGAUGGUGUCGGUGUGGAUGACCGAGACGAACGGAUAACGAUCCGAGGAGGGAAGCUGAUGAUCACCAACGCGAGGAAGAGUGACGCGGGGAAGUACGUGUGUGUGGGCACCAACAUGAUGGGCGAGCGCGAGAGCGAGAUCGCCGAACUCACCGUGCUCGAGAGACCCAGUUUCCUGCGCAGGCCGAGUAGCCAGUCGGUGCUGGUGGAGCAGAGCGUGGAGUUCCGCUGUGAAGCUCAGGGAGACCCUGUACCCACCGUCCGCUGGAGGAAAGAAGACGGAGAGCUGCCCAAGGGCAGGUUCGAGAUCCGUGGGGACCACACCCUUAAGUUGAAGAGACUCGGCUCGGCGGACGCUGGCUCCUACACCUGCCUGGCUGAGAACAUGAUGGGCAAAGCAGAGGCUACAGCUACCCUCACCGUCCACGUUGUGUCUGUCCCGCCAGUGUUCGCAGUGCGCCCCCGGAACCAGGUGGUGGGGGCGGGUCGCACGGUGACCUUCCAGUGCGAGGCGUCGGGCAGUCCACAGCCCGCCAUCUUCUGGCAGAGAGAGGGUAGUCAGAACCUGCUGUUCUCGUCGCAGCCGCCGCAUGCCUCCAGCCGCUUCUCCGUCUCCCAGACGGGCGACCUGACCAUCACGGGCGUGCAGCGCGCUGACGGAGGCUACUACAGCUGCCAGGCGCUCAACAUCGCGGGCAGUGUCAUCACCAAAGCCCUGCUGGAGGUCACCGAUGUCAUUUCAGACAGGCCUCCGCCUGUCAUCCGCCAAGGUCCCACCAACCAGACGGUGGCAGUGGAUGGGACAGUUGUGCUGGGUUGCCAGGCAACGGGCACCCCCACCCCCACCAUCUUAUGGAGGAAGGAUGGCGUGCUAGUGUCCACCCACGACUCCCGGCUCAAACAGCUAGACACAGGGGCUCUGCAGAUACGCUAUGCCAAGCUCGGAGACACAGGCGUGUACACAUGUAUUGCGUCCACCCCCAGCGGAGAGGCGUCGUGGAAGGCCUACCUGGAGGUGCAAGAGUUCGGCAUCGCGGUGCAGCCUGGCAGACCCACAGACCCCAACCUGAUCCCCUCUGCCCCGUCCAAACCGGAGGUGACCGACGUCACUCGCACGUCCGUGUCGCUCUCCUGGAAGCCAGACCUCCACUCCGGGGCUACGCCUACCUCUUACAUCAUCGAAGCAUUCAGCCACGCGUCGGGGAGCAGCUGGCAGACACUGGCCGAGCACGUGAGGACAGAGCGGUUUGUUCUGAAGGGCCUGAGACCCAGCGCUGUCUACCUGUUCCUGGUGAGAGCGGCCAACGCCUACGGCCUCAGCGACCCCAGUGCCAUCAGCGAUGCCGUCAAGACCCAGGACAUUCCUCCCACCAGCCAGGGAGUUGAACAUGGCCAGAUCCAGAGGGAACUGGGGGACGUCGUUAUCCACCUGCACAAUCCCACAAUCCUCUCCUCCUCCUCCAUCCGUGUCCAGUGGACAGUGGAGCAGCAGUCACAGUACAUCCAGGGCUACAAGGUGAUGUACCGGGUGUCGUCCGAGGCCAGCCAGGUCCGGGGUGACUGGGCUGUGUUCGAGGUGCAGAGUCCGGCCGAGCACACGGCCGUGGUCGCUCAGCUCCGAAAGGGCAUGACCUACGACUUCAAAGUGCGACCCUUCUUCAAUGAGUUUCAGGGCACAGACAGCGAUGUCAAAGUGGGCAAGACCCUGGAGGAAGCUCCCAGCGCUGCACCAAGGGGUGUCACGGUAACGGAGAGCGGAGACAACGGCACCGUCGUCCUGCUGUCCUGGCAGGCCCCUCCGGAGGACGAACAGAACGGAGUUGUCCAGGAGUACAAGAUCUGGUGUUUGGGCAACGAGAGCCGCUACCACGUCAACCGCACGGUGGACGGGUCCACGUUCUCCGUCCUGAUCUCGGGUCUCGUCCCCGGGGUGCGCUACGGCGUGGAGGUGGCAGCCAGCACGGCAGGGGGUCCCGGGGUGAAGAGCGAGGUCACCUACUUCCAGUUGGACUCCUCGGGGCGGAUGACCCAGACGGUGGUGGAUCCAGAGAACACGCUGUCCCAGCAGAUCUCGGACGUGGUGAAGCAGCCGGCCUUCAUCGCUGGCAUCGGCGCCGCCUGCUGGAUCAUCCUCAUGGUGUUCAGCGUCUGGCUGUACCAGCACCGUAAGAGGAGCGGACUGAGCUCCAGCUACGCCGGCAUCCGCAAAGUGCCGUCCUUCAUGUUCACACCCACAGUUUCCUACCAAAGGGGAGGGGAUGCCGUCAGCAGCGCUGGCCGGCCCGGUUUGCUGAACGUUGGCGAGCCGGCAGCACAGCCCUGGCUAGCAGAUACGUGGCCCAACAACUGCACCAGUCAGAACGAGUGUAGCAUCAACUGCUGCACCUCCAGCAACAGUAACAGUGACAGCAACCUGGUCACCUACAGCCGCCCCGCGGACUGCAUCGGCAGCUACGGCAGCCAGCUGGAGGGCAAAGCAGGCAGCCUGCUGGCGUCGGACUCCGGCCUGUACAGUGACGUGGACCUCUCCAGCAAGCUGGGCGAGAUGAAGACCUUCAACAGCCCCAACCUGAAGGACGGGCGGCCCACGCCAUACGCCACCACCCAGCUCAUACAGGCCGGCCUGGCCGGGAACCACGGCAACCACGGCGGCGAACCUGGCGAGAAGCAGGUCUGGAAAGGCAGCACAGGCACUCCUCAGAAGCAGCAGGAGGUGACCUCACAGCUGCAGUACAACAUCAUGGAGCAGAACAAACUGAACAAGGACCACCGAGGCAGAGACAACACCAUGCCUGCCAGCAUCCCCUACAGCCAGGGCCCAGAGCCCAACCCCGCCAGGACCUACAGCAGCUCUGACCGGGGCAGCAGCACAUCCGGUAGUCAAGGCCAGAAAAAGGGGGUGCGAACCCCUAAAGUCCCCAAGCAGAGCACAAUGAACUGGACGGACAUGCUGCCCCCCCCUCCCAUCGGCCCCCCGCCGUGUCAGGACUACAGUCUCUGUAUGGACGACAGCUACGAGGUGGAGCUCCAGGGCCCCGUACCUCCCUCUUGCAUGUACCUGCAGCCCGACGAGCUGGAGGAGGCGGAGCUGGAGCGGGGCCCCACCCCUCCCGUGAGGGGCGAUGCCUCCUCUCCGGCCGCGGUGUCCUAUAGCCACCAGUCCACGGCCACGCUGACGCCCUCCCCGCAGGAGGAGGUGCAGCCCAUACUGCCACAAGCCCUGGAGGGGCCGCACGAGCACAGACGACAGUUAGCGAGCCCCCCCGCCCCUCCGCGUCCCCUGUCGCCCCCACACACCUACGGCUACAUCUCCAGCCCACUGGGCUUGGACGCAGACGGCCUGGAGGAGGAGGAGGAGGAUGAGGAGGAUGUAGAAGAGGACGGGGCGGACGAGACGGACGCCGAGGUGGCCCGCGUGCACCGGUGGCGCUCUGCCCCCGCCGCCGGCCGGCCUCCCGGCCCGGCCGAGCCUCGCGCGCACCUGCGCGGCCUGGAGCAGACGCCGGCCUCCAGCACCUGUGACCUGGAGAGCUCCGUCACGGGCUCCAUGAUCAACGGCUGGGGCUCGGCGUCCGAGGAAGACAACGCCUCGUCGGGUCGCUCCAGCGCGCUCAGCUCCUCCGAUGGCUCCUUCUUCACCGACGCCGACUUCGCCCAGGCCGUGGCAGCGGCCGCCGAGUACGCCGGCCUCCGUGUGGCGAAGCAUGUUGGGAAGGGCCAGCAGCAGACGGCACCUACAGCACGAAAAUACCAAAACCUGCCUGUGAGCCACCGUCCGGCAAGCCCCUUGUCUACGGACGGCAGCGUGAGCGUGGCGGCAGCCCCCCAGCGAAGGCCUCAGAGGAGACAGAAGCCGCAGGCAUCUGGACACGUGGGCUACCAGCGCAGCCUCCACGGCGCCGCCUACAACGACGACCUGCCUCCUCCACCCAUCCCUCCUCCUGCGCUGCUCAAGUCCCCCACCCACCCAGUGGCCGAGGCCCGGGACAGGAGAGCCGCCUCUGGAGCGCCGAAGCCCAGGGACCCCUCGGACGUGCGGACCGGCUCGUCGGAGCGCCGGGACGCCCAGGAAAAGCCGAGAGCUCAGAGAGGGGGCAAAGCCGCGAAGCAAGAGCCGAACACGGGUGUCAAGCCCCGCCAUCACCCAGGUCCGGAGGACAUCCCGCCCUACAGCCGGCCGUCCUUCCCGGCCCUCCAUGGUCCGCGGGGGGAGAGGGAGCCCAGCUCGUCUGGCUCCAUGUCUUCCCGGGGCUCUGGCGGUAGGCGGAGAGGAGAGGGGGCCCCAGGGAGCCGCCGGAACCAUCCAGAACUUAGCCUGAGUACCACAGGAGCCUUCCAGCCAGGAGAGGAGGAACUGGAGAUGGUGCAGAGCUGAAACAGAAACGGAAAUGCUGUCAGUGUGGACUCUAUUCUAGUAACCACCUUCAAUUUUUAACCAUCUCAACAAUAUAAUUUCUAUCAUAACUGCCCAUAUCGGAUUACAUCACAUCCUGAAGACUGACCAACUGAUCAUUUCUUUUAUUGUGCAUUUAAUGUUCAUUUUAGAACACAAAAACAAACAGGAAAAAAAAAUAGCAGAUUCAAAGAUUGAAAAGCGUUCAUAGCGUUCAUUGUUUGUUUGUUUUUUAUUCAUUGCAAUAUGGAGUAAUUAACUACUCCAGGUGGUGAGUACGCUCACUGAGUCUGAAACACGCCUAGCAUUACUGUUAAUAAGAUUAGCUGCAAGCUAAAAGGGACAGACAGACUUGUAAAUAAACCUGUAUACAUGCCUAAUUGUCUUUUAUAAUCUGUGUGGUACUUUAAAUUUGUCUUCCUUGGCUUAUUUGAAUAAUUUUUACAUUUUAUUAUGCCAGUAAAGAAAAUAGUUUUUAUCACAUCCAUCCUGGUUGUAAAUUGUCAUACCAUUUAAUCUGUCCCAGGAAAAGUGCCACAGUUGAGAUGUUUGGGUUGAUUUAAAAUUUUUUUCCCCUUUUGUAAUGCACUGUUAUUUUUUGUUGUUGUUUGUCAGUGUUUGUCGUUAUUUGUUUGACUUUGGUUUUAAAAGCACAAUCACUAAACUUUAUUUUGAACCAUG